AUGCACCCUGCGGGCUGCAACCAUGCCGGUAGCAGUUCGAGCUCGCCCUCGGAUUGUCUGGCGGAGCUUGCUACGUUCUCACCUAAGUUCUCACUCGGCAGGAUGGGUGAUGAAUCAGUGCUAGCGGAGGGACUGGAGGAUGCCUGGAAGGAUCUGAAGCUACACUUGAAGGCACAGACCGAGUCCAUUGUGUACACAACCUAG